CCAAACAGGAUGUGCGAAGUCUAGCUUAUACAGAUUGUGGUGGCCGGUCACUCCAAAAAAGUUCGUGGCAACUUUUAACAGUGCAAAUUAAAAAUCGUAGUCAAAAUACAUAUAUCUUUAAACAUAAGUUGAUGAUACUCAUGUUAUGAUAAUAAUACAUAUGUACUUAUGUAUACAUAAAAUUGUGAAACAGCGCAAGUUAAUCGAAAGAAAAUUUGAAAUAAUCCGGAAGAAUAAAGUCACUUUUGGCGUUCAUUAUGAUCGCUUCAAAGAUAUUUGGCUAGUGUACGACAGUGUACGUGUAUGUUAUUUUUGAUGUACACAUGAAUGCCAAACUACAAUGCUCUCGACAACAACGUCCCGCAGUCCAGCCCAGGCACAAUCACGACCGAACGCCGAUGCCCCAACAAGUGCAUCUGAAACAAAUUCCGGAAAGGGAAUCGGGAAUGGGGUCGUCGGCACCAGCAGGAACUCUCCGAAGACCCUCAAAAGCGAAGCCUUCCCUUCUCUUUCGCCGGAUCAAAUGAAAGCAAUGCCAGAAGAAGGUGCAGAUCAAAAAGUCCUUUCCCAUAGUGACAAAGCUGUUGGCACUCCAACUAGUGGUAACGGAGGUGGUGGAAAUAUUAUGGCAGAUGCACAAGCAUCGCAGUCGUCCUUAGGCACUAUUGUUGGUACUCCGAUGCUAAGGCAGAAUUCCUCGAGCAGCAUUAACUCGUGUCUGGUCCCCUCUCCAAACAACACCAGCGAACACUCAAAUAGCAGCAGUGGUCAAGUGAUCGAUUGCGACGAUCAUGCGAAAAAGAAGAAGUCCAAUGUGAAGGACGAUGAUGUCGUCUCAACAGGAAAAAGUUCUAGUAAGUCAAAAGGCUUAACUACUGGUACCGGGUCUGGAACAGGGCCCACAUCUGGUUUACCACUUAGCAUUGCUAUCAAGGAAGAACCUGCUGACGUUUUGACCAGCUUAGCGAAUAUAAAAAAAGAAGAAAGUGAAAUUCACUCUCCAAAUAUGUCUCCUGUUGGGUUCGGAUCUAUUGGUAAUGCACAAGACAGCUCCGCUACGCCAGUAAAAAUAGAAAGAAAUACAACCGAUAGUAUAACGGAAAAAAAACCUGCAUUGGUAUUAAAUAAUGACGAAAUGGGCAUGGAAGGCGUUAGUUGCAAUCUGUUAAACCCGGAUAUUAUCAGUGAAUCUUUGAAUGAUCCCCCUAUCUCAAGCAUAUUGGCUAUUGGCUUGAAUGCUACGCACGUUAGUGGAGUUGGACCAGGACCAGGAGUUGGAGCUGGGGUGGGUAACCUUUUAACCGGUAAUGGCAAUGGCACCUCUUCGGGUGCCAGUAAUUGUUUGGAUUACAUGCAACAACAAAAUCACAUAUUCGUGUUUUCAACUCAACUGGCUAACAAGGGAGCCGAAUCAGUUUUAAGCGGCCAAUUCCAAACUAUAAUUGCAUAUCACUGCACACAGCCAGCAACAAAAAACUUUCUCGAAGACUUCUUUAUGAAGAAUCCCCUAAAAAUGAAUAAAUUGCAGCGACACAAUGCUUUGGGAAUGCCUUGGCUAGGUACCGGACCGGGAGGAUCAAAUGUUUCUAGUCCUUUAUCAAAGAUUACACAUCAGCAGACACAUUCAAAGCCCAUAGGUCUUUUGAAAAAUCAAUUUAGUCAAAAUGAAAACAGUAAACGGAGUACUGUGAAUUCAUCGAGCUUCAUCGACCAGUCAGAUCCCUUGGUCAAUGAGAAUGAAUUGAUGUGCUGGGAGAGCGGACCCGGAAGCAGCGGUGCUAGUGUCACUGCCCAAAGCUCUCAAAGUAUAGACGGUAUUAGUUCUUCCAAUGAAUCGCAAGCUAUAAAAAUACUUGAAGCAGCUGGUGUUGACUUGGGACAGGUCACAAAAGAAAGCGACUCAGGACUGGUCCACGAGAACAAUAUUGUUUCGCUGCAAGGAGUUAAGGUUCCAGACGAAAAUCUUACACCACAACAACGUCAACAUCGGGAAGAGCAGCUAGCAAAAAUAAAGAAAAUGAAUCAAUUUCUUUUUCCAGAAAAUGAAAGUUCUGUCGGACCCAGUGUGAGCUCACAGUUGUCAAAGAUACCAGGCGAACUGAUGAUGGGAACACAGAGUGGCGGAGGAACUGUAGUAAACUCUCAAAUGCUACAAAUGCAUUUGCCAGGAAGUGGAAAAUCAGAGCUCUUGGCUGCAACAACUUCAGGGCUUGCGGAGGAGGGUGUUUUGCCUGGUGAUGUUAUAUCAGAUAUGGGUGCUGUAAUGGCAUGCAAUAGCCAGAAAGGCAACCUUCAAUGCGGAUCUGGAGUAGGAGCUGGGCCUGUACCUGGAACUAAUGCAGGGUCAAUAAAUGCCAAUAUGCAUUGCUCAAGCUCUGGCCCUCCAAACGGCAGUAUGAUGGGAAGCUCAACAGAUAUUCUGUCUUCGUUUGGCACUACCAGUUGCAAUAUAAAUGUCAUCGGCUCGGUACCAGAUAUGUCAAAAGAGCUUUCGAAUCAAGAUACCCUAUCCCAUUCACACCAAGGGGGAGUGGCUCAAAUGGAGUGGUCAAAGAUUCAACAGCAAUUCUUUGAAGAGCGCCUAAAGGCAGGGAAAACCAGACAAUCGGUCGGUUCUGUCGUACCGCUACAGCAGACGUCUUCUGGAAAUGGCGGUGUUUCGGCAAGUAGUCAAGUGCGUUCUCUGCAGGGACCGCCACCUCCAUACCAUUCCACCCAACGAUCUGCCUCAGUGCCCAUAGCCACUCAGUCGCCCAAUCCAUCGAGUCCUAACAAUCUGUCACUUCCCUCACCGCGCACAACUGGUGCAUCCUUGGGUUUGCCAACCCACUCACCCAGCAUGGAUAGCACUACGUCAUUGUCUGGAUCUGCUCCUCCGGCCAUUACCACGGCAUCCCUAUCAGGCACAACAGGAGUUCUCUCAGCAAACAAAAAUUGUUUUCAGAGUGAAACCCCAUCACCGUCAAAUCAAAAUCGGAAUCGCAAUAGCGGAUCAUCAGGCGUACUCACUCAUAACUUAAACAGUAAUCCGAGCACUCCGCUGUCCCACCUCUCCCCAAAGGAUUUGGAGCCGUUUGUUCAGUCCUCUGCUGGGGAUAACAUAAAAAGUAGACGACCAAGUCCACAGGGUCAACAGUCGCCAGGAAGCGGUUUUUUAGAAGCAAAUGUCGAAGCAAGAUUUUCGGCAUCCAGUCCUGGUGUUAUAUUUAAUGCACACCAGCAUAUGCAAAGUAAUACGAAUUCAGGAUUAAGUUCCUAUAAAGUAGGCACUUCUAAUAUACAAAUGGAGCGUCAAGUCCCAACCCAAGGAGGAUCCGUACAAUUCAAUAGACGGUGUGAUAAUAUUCCUUUGAAUCCCAACAGUGGCAAUCGCCCGCCACCAAACAAGAUGACUCAGAAUUUUGAUCCAAUCUCUUCUUUGGCGCAAAUGUCACAACAAUUAACAAGCUGUGUGUCUAGUUUGGGCAGUCCAGCCGGUACUGGUGGAAUGACUAUGAUGGGGGGUCCAGGAUCGGCAGACAUUAAUAUUGACCAUGGAAUGAUUUCGGGAUUAGAAGGACACGGAAUGGAUGCUAUAAAUCAAAAUAACUGCCACCCAAUGAAUGUCGUGAUGAAUUCAAUGGGUCAGAAAAUAAUUAACUCAAAAAUGUGCGCUCCUGGAAGUUUAAAUGGACCACCAGGCUUUAACUCUAAUUCGCCCAAUGUGUUAAGAGAGACUCCUCUUGGGUCGGGUCCAGUUUCUGGUCCCGGAUCGGCAAACGCUUCCAACUUUCAAGGCAUUGUGCAACCUGGUCCUAGAAUGAUGAGUCGAAUGCCCGUCAAUUUUGGUUCGAAUUUCAAUCCGAAUAUUCAAGUUAAGGCGAGUACUCCGAACACCAUACAAUACAUGCCUGUGAGGCCGCAAAACGCCAACAACAACAAUAAUAAUGGAGGUGGCAACGUGCGAAUGCCACCUAGUCUCGAGUUUUUACAGAGGUAUGCUAAUCCACAAAUGGCUCCUGUAGGCAAUGGUUCUUCGAUCUGUGCACCAACUGUUGGGGAAGGUGGGCAGGGAAUGAUGGUAGGGUCUGGAUCAGGAGCCAUAUUAAUUAACUCUCCCGGCGAGCAGCACCAGAACAAGAUAUCAAAUAACCCUGUCACAGGCAAUGGCAUAAACUUUUUUCAGAACUGCAAUCAAAUAGCAAUUAUGGACGAAGAGGGAGGAUUAUCCCACGAUGUCCCAAUAAAUAUUGGUCAACCGUCAUUGAUACGGGGCAUGCGUCCUCAUGCCAUGCGACCGCAUGCAAUGGGUCCACGAAUGCAAGCUUCGACCAAUAGGCAGAUUCAGUUUGCACAUGCGUCGGAUGGCCUGGACUGCGUUGGUGAUCCCACAGCAUUUUUUAACAACGCUAAUUGCAAUAGUGGAGCACCACCCAUGUUUGUAUCAUCACAACAGUCCAAUCAGGCCAAGCCUCAACAGCUGAAGAACAUGCCUAGCGGAAUGUGUCAAAGCCAAACUGUUCUGGGAGUUAUCCCUGCAGUGGCGCAAGGACACUUACAUCUGCAGAGUCAAGGACAAGGACAAAGUCAGAGUCAGCCCUUAAUUGGACCCAGCAACAAUAGUUUAGUUUCAGCUGCCGGAAAUGUUGGUCAUAGCAACGGUGUCUCUGCCAUCAACUUUGUGGGUCCCUCGUCUAACGAUCUGAAGUAUGCACAGCAAUAUCACAGUUUUCAGCAGCAAUUGUACGCAACUAACACUAGAAGUCAGCAACAACAACAGAUGCACCAGCAGCACCAAGGCAACAUGAUAACGAUGCCGCCCAACCUAUCACCAAAUCCAGCGUUUUUUGUAAACAAAUAAACAAUAAACUUGGUGCCGCCAUGUUUGAUUAAUAGAAUCCAGGAUAAGACAUCAUUCUCCAAUUAAGAUGUUUACUUUUGUUAAGGUAAAAGUUUUUGCUAAGGAGAAAAUAAACAUUUGUAAAUGCAAAAAAAAAAUUUAAUUUGUAACAUUAGGACGAGUCAUAUCCAUUUAAAAUCUAUCAUCCCAUUCGUAUAAAAAUAUUUGGACAGUUAUUUAAAUACUAUAGAUAGUCGCAUUGCGAAUAUGUACAAAUAAUAAAACAUCGAACCUUUAGUUGCAGCUUUUUUCUGUUGUUAAUUAAAACUUAUGCUGCUCUUUGUAUUAAAUAUAAUUUAAAAAUACAUAUGUAAACCGCAGAUAAAAUAUUUUUC